AUGACGCCCGACGCGGAGACGAAGUCUUCUACCAACCUUUCCCAGUUUCCUGUAGAGCUCAUUGCGGAGAUAUUUGUCCUUGCUCAAGGUUCUGGCCACUGUUUCCCAUUAAGGACGCCACACCGAUCCAAUGACUGGAAACAGAGGACGUGGUUGAAUGUAGCAGGCGUCUCUCGUCAAUGGAGAGAGGUCGCCCUCGAUACCCCACAGCUAUGGGAUACACUCGAUCUUACGUCCGUCGCUUCUGCAACUACAAUGUUGGAAAGAUCCAAAGGUGCGCCAUUGCGCGUUCGUUGUUGUCGUCCUUUCGAGUAUCCGUUGCACGAGUCGAUUGGAAAGGCGGUCAUCCAUCAGUUCCCAAGGAUUGAAGAGUUCAAUAUUUCGGGUGCUACGCAGGACAUGAUUCAACUCUUCCAAAAUUUCAGUUCCACGGAGUAUGCAUCUCUUCCGGUUCUUCAGACUCUUCGCAUGUCGAGCAAACUCGAUUGCAGCGGGCUCCUCUCGCUACCUCACCCACUUGUCUCCAGUCAUAUACCAGCGCUACGCCUCAUUGAACUCCAUAACCUCAAGCUCGACUCACCACUACCUCCUCUUCCACAAUUGGUACGCCUUCACAUGUCUUCACAAAGCGACGGCAAUGCAGUUUCGUGGGAGGUACUCCUCCAUUCUCUGUAUAAUACUCCGAACAUUGAGGAUCUGGCAAUAUCUUACGUCGCAUCGGGCUCACCAGACCCCGCCACCGCUAUGAGUGUCGAGCUCAGCUCCCUUCGCACUUUAAGCAUCAAGUCCAAGGAUCUCGCAUCUUCUGCCAUCUUCGACUACCUCAAAUGCCCCUCUUCUACGAAAGUAACAUUCAGCGUCUCGGCGUGUGUCAUUACUACCAUCCCGAGUCUAUCUGGUUUGCGGCAUCUGUUCUUCCAGCUUUGUCAAGACGACGCGCCGGCCAUACGCGAAGUUCGGGUCCAUUCCGGGGGAGCCCCACCACGCUAUCUUUCCAUCGCUGCAUAUUCCGCGAACGCAACCCCUGUUCGCGACAUCAUGUUUGAUUGCUAUGAGCCAACGACCCAUCUCGCUGAAAUAUGCGAGCAGCUGUGCAGCACUUUGCCCCGCCAGCACUUGGAAACUCUACGCCUCGACGGGUUGGAAGGAUUGCCCCAGUCAACAUGGUCGCGACUUCUCCAGAACAUGGACGCCAUCACGAGAGUGGAUGCCUCAAACAUCGCUUCCCCUUUCAUCCGCGCGUUGUCAAAGUCUAAAAACGCCGUGGCAACAACGCCUCUUCCGAAAUUGAAGACGCUCGUGCUGAGGUAUUGCGAGUUCGAGGACGCGUGCUUUAAUCCAGGGUGUGGGGAGAUGAUUCCGACUUUGAUGGACGUGCUACAGGAGCGCAAGGAAUUUGGGAUGGUGAUCCAGGAAUUAAAACUUCAGCGAUGUCAGAUUGGGGCUAAGAAAGUGGCGGAUCUUGGGGUCCACACAAAGGUUCAUUGGGAUCACGCCUAG